GGCCGGCCGCUCCAGGGUUCCCCCGGCACCCGCCCCCGCGCGCCCUGCGCUCCCGCCCUUCCUCGUCGCCGCCCAGCCUGCCAGGCCUUUUGCGAACAUGGCGCUUGUCCCGUGCCAGGUGCUGCGGGUGGCGAUCCUGCUGUCCUACUGUUCUAUCCUGUGCAACUACAAGGCCAUCGAAAUGCCCUCGCAUCAGACCUACGGCGGGAGCUGGAAAUUCCUGACGUUCAUUGAUCUGGUCAUCCAGGCUGUGUUUUUUGGUAUUUGCGUGCUGACUGAUCUUUCCAGUCUUCUGACUAGAGGAAGUGGGAACCAAGAACAAGAAAGGCAGCUCAAGAAGCUUAUCUCGCUCCGGGACUGGAUGUUAGCCGUACUGGCCUUUCCUGUCGGGGUUUUCGUUGUAGCGGUGUUCUGGAUCAUUUAUGCCUAUGACAGAGAGAUGAUUUACCCGAAGUUGCUUGAUAAUUUUAUCCCAGGGUGGCUGAAUCACGGAAUGGGUGUGCUGGGUGCAUCACGUAACUGGGAUGUGGGUGUAUCCUUUCCUGGAACACAUUGGCCCAGGAGCCAGAAUCAUCUUCUUUGGGUCUACAACCAUCUUAAUGAACUUUUUGUACCUGCUGGGAGAAGUUCUGAACAGCUAUAUCUGGGAUACACAGAGAACUGCCCAUCCAGCUCAUGGCCCACCCAGGCCCACCCAGGCCUGCAGUGUCCCAGCACUGCCCUCUGGUUGAGCUCUUCUCCCAGCCUAGGGGAAUCACAUGUGACUAACUCUCUCAGGGUCAAUCAGCUCUUCCUCCAGGUUCCCAAAAGCACGUCCUGCCUUAGCUUUGUGACAGGUUUCUUUCUGCUAUUUGUGUGGAAAUUAUACCUCUGCUUCUUCCAAAUAUUAUUUACAGCUGUCUAAUUUUUUCCCUCUACCUCAAAGCUGCCAAACUAAAGUAGGUGGGGAGCCAUUUUUCCUGUCUGGGUCAAUGAACACCCCCUGUUCUCCACCCCCGCUUUUGAAGAUUCCACUGUCGCUGCCAAGUCAACCCAUCUGCAGGAGAACACUUAGGAGGAAACAGACUUUAAGGAAAAGCAAGCAGUUAUUAGUUCCUGAGAGCUUCUCCACAGGAGAGGGAACAUGGGACAAAGCUGGGACCCAAGUCAUGUGUGCUGCUUGAAAGGAAUCCCUGUUGUGUUUUUCUGCCUUUGCCUUGGUUACCAACAACUAAGGCAUCUCCUGGCCUUCUCCCCCUUAACCCUAUUCCUCCUCCCUUCAGAUGUCCUUAGUCCUCAAUCUGAAGUUUUCCUUAAUAUGAUUUCUGAGAAGCACUUUGGAAGAAGUGUUACAGAUCUGUGCCAGUUCCUUAGUCAUGAAAACCAAACCUGAAAGACUGUCUAAGGACACCUGUUCAGAGCAUGUUACCCACAUUCCCACCACCACCGCCCUGGCCCCACAAAACAAAUACCGGGAGCUGGGUGCUGAGGGGAAGGGGAAUCCUCCCUAGUAUGAGCCCUGUGAGAGUAACCCUCUGGGAUGAGGCUUUACAUUUUUUUAUAUUGUGAAGUUCCUUAUUUUAUUCUGCUUUCCCACUAGCAUAGCCUUCUGAGGCCUUCCUCGUUUUCAUUGUUUAUAAACUGAUUCCAUAAUGAUUAAAUGAGCUCCUACUGUCAGUCAGGCACUGUGUUAGGUGCUAGGGAUAUUAUCAGAAACAAAACAGUUAAGGGCUCUGCCUUCAGAGAGCUUACGACUUGUAAAAGAAUACCAAUAAAAGCUGCAAAGCAA